CCUGUCCAGACUGCGCGGAUGCGCAGGCUGGUCUGGAUCCGUGCUGGUCGCAUAACCACUAUGUUGGUUUUCUCAUGGCGCGGCUCAUUUCUCAUUAAUUUGACAUUAUUAAUUUAAGAAUGAAUUCUAGGUGACAAGUCAUGAAGAAAUCUAGCAUGAUAUAAUUCAAUAUAAUAACUAAAAGCUACGCUUACUGAAUCGCAAAACAAUACAUUGUUAAUUGUCACUUUUUAUCUGAUUACCGCUUAAUUAUUCUGUACUUGAUUGCCCAUUUGUAAUAUUCCGACAAAUAUACAUUUAAGGCGUAAAUAAUCGAUUUGACACUGUUUAUAAUGAAUUGUUGUGAUUUAAAUAUAGCAAAUGUAUGAUGGAAUCCGGUCGAGAUGUCGUAAUUUUUAUACAUAUUUUGGGAUGGUUUAUGUGUAUGACGCCGACAUUGUUGCCAGUCCAUGUUGCUGGUUUAGAAGAUGUAGAACAACAACAAGUGUACAUGAAGUCAGAAUUACCAAAUAAUUUGGUGAUAAGUAAUAAACGUACAUUUAAAAUCCUGAAACAGUCACAAUUGUGUUCGUACAGUGACUUGAAAACAUGUCAUAGCAACGAGAAUAACCACGACACUUAUUAUGAAAGAUGUUAUAGUGAUGUGUGCUCAUUCGAAAACUAUUUUUGUUUAAAUGUGCACAAUAAAAAUUCCAUUCAUUUGUGUGGAAAAACUUACCCUUGGAGUAAACGAUACAGAACUAUAGCGGUUCUUGAUUUAGCUGUGUCUGGGCAUAUUGAUGUGUAUAGAACUGCCUGUCCAGACGGCUACUUUCAGGAAAACAGGAGAAAUGCAUUUACUCCCUGCGUGAAAGAUGAAUCCAUAAUUAUCGUAAGAAAUACCACAAAUCAGGUGCCGGCUUUACUGAGAUGCAAUACGCAGAAAAAUUACUGCAAUUCGCAUGGUGCCAUUUUGUUUGAACUGGCUUCGGAUGACGAUUCAUGUGUGGACGCUAAGUACGAUCUCAAGAUAAAAUGCAGUCCAACAGAAGAGUUGAUGCCAAACUGCAUCUGUGCCCCAAAUUGCCGCACGGGUGAAGAAAGGAUUUGGAAUGGAAGUAAUAUAUGCAGAUUAAUAGGUGAAAGGAAGGAUACAGACCAAGUACCUAGUCAUGUUACUGUGGUAACGAAGCCUUACAAACCUUCUAGUCAACGAACUACUCACCAAACUAAUCAGCUAUUGAACAAGAAUAGAACAAGCGAGGAGGAGGACCUAUCCGUUAAAGAUACUGAUAGACAAAAUACAGACACCGUUAAGAACAAUUACACAGCAAUGACCAUCGGACUGGUGGCGGCAGUUGUAAUAAUAUUAGCUGUUGUAGUCGUGGCUUUAGCCCUGCGUUUUAUCGGGAAACAUCGUCAAAUUACUGGAGGAUAUAGAAAUUAUAAUACCGCUCUUCAAAGAAAUAGUCUUGACGAGCAUUCGGAACAAUUGUCUCUGGGAAGUGAACAUGAAGAUACAAGAGAAGUGCAGGGGAAUAUACUGUCAGAUGUGCAGCAAGAGCCUGAAGCCGUAGAUCUAGAAGCUGCCUCAGGAGACACAAAUGUCAUACAUAGGAACAGUAUUUCCUCUGAGCCUUUGAUGCAAUAUCUGAAGGAAAACGAUGAGAUGCAAUCUGACAGUGGAAUAUAUUCAGCUAGUCAAACAUAUGUGAAAACAGUGGCGUGAUGUGAAGUCUGGCAAGUUUUGCAUAAACAACCGUUUAACAAAAUAGUAGUAUGUUAAUUGCAUGAGUAAAUAUACAGCCGAUAACAGUUGCAAAUACGCUUAUUGGGCAAAGUUCUACUAGAAGCGACUGAAUGUAGCUGUGUUUCCUAGUUGUUUACGUUUUUACAUCAUUUUUUUUCAGAUAGGACUGUCAAAAAAUACCUACCAAAAAUGUAAUAGUAUGAAGUAUGGAUUAUAUCUAUAAAUACAAAAUAAAAAAUAUUUUUUUUUUAACAUUUGCUCUUUUGAUGAAUUUAUGUGUUUAUGAAGACCAUACAUGUAUUAUCUUUUAUCGAAUAACCUGUCUAACUGUUCCCGUGAUGUCAAUGUUUUGGAUGUUCUAAUUUCUCAGUAGUAUGAUUUAACUAUAUUUGUUACGUUGUGAUCAAGUGACAGGUAUGCAUUGGAUGCGACACUGAGAUACUUUAUUAAAGAAGAACUAAAAGUGAGUUUAGCUUACAUGUAUUUCAUUCUGCAGAAAUGAAAGAGAUUGACAAUUUCUUCACAAUUAUCUAGAAUUAACAUCAAAUUUUAGCUGAAAAAGUCAGUGUUCAAAAUUAGUCUAUGAGUAUGUCACUGUGUGUGGUGAUAUAGGUCAUUUAGUUUGUUUGUGAAGUAGUUUAUACACUGUGUAGUGAAGUAAGUUAUUUAUUGUUCGUGAAUUGGGUCAUUAUUGUGUUAGUGAAAUAUGUAUUUAUUACUGCAGUAGAUCUAAAAUAUGUUAUUUAUAUUAUUGUAAAAUAUGCAUUUCGUUCAGACGACUCAAUUUUGUGUUGACAGAAUAGUGUAUUGUCUUAGUUUGGCAUCUGAAAAAAAUAUUGAAGUGUGUUAACUUUUAAGCUAUUACUUGUUGCUAAAAAACACAGUUUGAAUAAAAUAUGAUAUAAACAGU